CUCCCUGUGUUUGAUGAAAUGGCGAAGAUUAGUGACUUAAAAUCAUUUCUCGAAUCUUCGUUAAAUGAGAUUUUCCGCGCGACUGUCAGUGAUAUUCUGGACUCAGUGGAUCAGAGUCUGGCGGAAUAUCAGAGCAAAAUCCAGCGGAUUGAGUCCGAAAAUGAAGAUCUGAGGAAGCGACUGUGUGCAAAAGACAAAAGGCCAAAACGUGUGAAAACAACAGCAGAGUUUGACUUUUCAAGAAAUGAUUUCACUCAAGAUCUGUUUCCGUCUGCUCAUACGAGUGAAUACAGACAUGAAACUAAGAUCAGUGGAGAUUUACUGAACAGCUGCCUAAAAUCACAAACCGCAGAUGUCGGAGUGCAUCAGUUUAGCAAAGAUCAGUCAACAACGAUAGUGACAUUAGUGAAAACCGACCCUGAGGAUGGAUGUGCUAUUGACCUCUCGAAUAUUCACACAUCUCUUAAAUACAUGGAUAAAGAAAUCAAGACUGAGAAUUCAGAUGAAGACUGUUGCUCUGAAUUUAAAUCUCCGGUGAGUGGCAUAAAGGUAAGUGUAGUGUCAGACAGUGCUGAUGAAGAUGAUAGCAACCACAGCAGAGAUACUAAACCUGUGGAUGAAGAGCAGCAGUUCACUGAGACAAAGAUAGAAGUGUCAAGUCCAGACGGACAGUCGGAAGAGGGUUUUCCUGGAAAAUUACAAAUUCCCCCAAACUCGCAAGGAUUAGACCCAAGUCUGAAUUAUCCCUGCAGUCAGUGUAGUAAGACCUUCAAGCAUGAAGGAUCACUCAACAUUCACUUGAGAUCGCACAGCUCAGAGAAGCAGUAUGUCUGCAGCCUAUGCGGCAAGGGGUUCGACCGCGCCGAUAUCUUUAAAAACCACGAGCGCACGCACACUGGAGAAAGACCAUUCAUCUGUGAUGUGUGCGGAAAGAGCUAUGCCUACAAAGGCCUGCUGCGCACGCACAAGAGAACCCACACAGGAGAGAGGCCGUACGGUUGCUUGCAGUGUGGCAAACGAUUCAACGAACUCAACCAGCUCAAAGUGCAUUCGCGGACACACACAGGCGAAAGGCCAUUCAGCUGCACGGAAUGUGGCAAAAGCUUCACCCACGACAGCAGUCUGAGGACCCAUCGGCGACUGCACACUGGAGAGAGGCCGUACUGCUGCAGCCAGUGCGGCAAGAGAUUCAACGCCAUGGGCGACCUGAAAAACCACCUCCGGAUCCACACGGGCGAAAAGCCGUACCAGUGCGAACGGUGUACGAAGACCUUCAGCCAGGCCGGACAUCUGUCCAUCCACAUGCGCAUGCACACUGGAGAGAGACCGUACAGCUGCGACGAGUGCGGCAAACGCUUCACUGUGACCAGCAGCCUCAAACUGCACCAGUUAACUCACACGGGUGAAAAAAUGCACAACUGCUCACACUGUGACAAGAGCUUCAGGAGAGCAUGCCACCUCAGGAGACAUGAGCUAGUGCACACGAAAGAGAAACCCUACUGCUGUUCAAAUUGUGACAAGAGGUACUACGAUCAAUCAGCAUUAAAGAGACACCUGAAAGUUCACACAACGGACAACAUGGAUAUGCAGAAGAGUAAAGACGAUUGUGAAGCUGCUCGAGUCAUAACGCAAUAGUGCACACUAGUUAGGGGAUGCAAAAGUAGUGUUAAUUAUACAGAACAGUCUUUGUUGUUCAGGGCCCAUAUUCACAAAGAUUUAUAUCUUACCAAUAGGAGUUCUUCAAAGAGUUUCUAAUUGGGAGUUUGCUAAGAACAAGUUUUAGUUAGGAAAUCUUAAGACAAGAGUAAGGCGGAGUUGACCUCGUUGCUAUGGAUGAUAUCACGCUUUAUUAUCGCAGUCUUUUAAAUCUCCCUACAUGAUUGGUAGACAGGGAACAGCUAUUUGACAGCUAGACAGACAAUAAUAUAUACAGUAAAUAAAGGAUAGAUAGACAGAUACAGUUGAAGUCACAAGUUUACAUGCACUUAGUUUGAAGUCAUUAAAAUAAAAAAUUAAAAUCUCCACAGUUUUAAUAUUAGCAAACUAUAGUUUUGGCAAGUCGUUUAGGACAUUUACUUUCUGCAUGACACGAGUAAUUUUUCCAACAAUUGUUUACAGACAGAUUGUUUCACUUUUAAUUUACUAUAUCACAAUUCCAGUGGGUCAGAAGUUUACAUACACUAAGUUAACUGUGCCUUUAAGCAGCUUGGAUAAUUCCAGAAAAUGUCAAGCCUUUAGACAAUUAGCCAAUUAGCUUCUGAUGCUAAUUGGAGUCAAUUGGAGGUGUACCUGUGGAUGGCCUACCUUAAAACUGAGUGCAAAAUCAAAAGAAAUCAGCCAAGACCUCAGAAAAGAAAAUUGUGGACCUCCACAAGUCUGGUUCAUUCUUGGGAGCAAUUUCCAAACACCUGAAGGUACCACGUUCAUCUAUACAAACAACAGUACGCAAGUAUAAACACCAUGUGACCACACAGCCAUCAUACCACUCAGGAAGGAGAUGCAUUCUGUCUCUUAGAGAUUAAUGUGGUUUGGUGCAAAAAGUGCAAAUCAAUCCCAGAACAACAGCAGAGGACCUUGUGAAGAUGCUGGACGAAACGGGUAGACAAGUAUCUAUAUCCACAGUAAAACGAGUCCUAUAUCGACAUAACCUGAAAGGCUGCUCAGCAAGGAAGAAGCCACUGCUUCAAAACUGCCAUAAAAAAGCCAGACUACAGUUUGCAAGAGCACAUGCACAUUUUGGAGAAAUGUCUUCUGGUCUGAGGAAACAAAAAUGUAACUGUUUGGCCUUAACGACAAUCGUUAUGUUUGGAGUAAAAUGGGUGAGGGUUGCAAGCUGAAGGACACCAUCCCAACCGUGAAGAAUGGGGGUGGCAGCAUCAUGUUGUUGGGGUGCUUUGCUGCAGGAGGGACUGGUGCACAUCACAAACUAGAUGGCAUCAUGAGGAAGAAAAAUGAUGUGGAUAUAUUGAAGCAACAUCUCAAGACUUCAGACAGAAAGUUAAAGCUUGGUCACAAAUGGGUCUUCCAAAUGGACAGUGACCCCAAGCAUACCUCCUCGGUUGUGGCAAAAUGGCUUAAGGACAACAAAGUCGAGGUAUUGGAGUGGCCAUCACAAAACCCUGACAUCAAUCUGAUAGAAAAUUUGUGGUCAGAACUGAAAAAGAGUGUGUGAGCAAGGAGGUCUACAAACCUGACUCAGUUACACCAGUUCUGUCUGGAGGAAUGGGACAAAAUUACAGCAACUUAUUGUGAGAAGCUUGUGGAAGGAUCCCCAAAACAUUUGACCCAAGUUAAACAAUUUAAAGGCAAUGCUACCAAAUACUAACAAAGUGUAUGUAAACUUCUGACCCACUGGGAAUGUGAUGAAAGAAAUAAAAGCUGAAAUAAAUCAUUCUCUCUACUAUUAUUCUGAUAUUUCACAUUCUUAAAAUAAAGUAGUGAUCCUAACUGACCAAAGACAGGUAAUGUUUUCUAUGAUUCAAUGUCAGAAAUUGUGAUAAACUGAGUUUAAAUGUAUUUGGCUAAGUUGUAUGUAAACUUCUGACUUGAUAGAUAUUUUUUUAGGAUGAUGAACAUUUCUUCAUCCUGUGUUGAUGUAAUGAAAUAAGCAUAAAUUCCGUCAAAAGCAUCAAAACACAGUGCAGCGCUGCGAUUGCUGUGAUUCCCUGAGAAUGCCCUAAUGUUUCUCUGCAGCGAGCGCACAUUCACUGGAAAACAUACACCAUGAAUUGUCAGAUGAUGUGUGGUCUGGAGAGGGCAUUUAUAGUUUGCUAGAUUAUUCUGCUGAUGGAUGACAGAAAUUCCCAAUUCAUCUGCGCUACACAGUUUUAUUUUGAUGCCUUUUAUCUAUGGUGUAAGUGGGUCAUUUCAGUUUGUGGGAGAGGUAACUACAUCUCUAACUAAGUUUACGACAAUGAACAGGCGAUGCCUUUUUUUUUAAAGGUCAGUGUCAACAUUAUAAAAUAAUGUUCAUCAAAUUUUAAUCUAGGAGUAAUUCAUGAAGCAUUUUAAUGCUAAAAGUAUCUCCUAAACCCAUGACAGAUUAGAAGUCCUCCUGAGAAUUUUCUAAAUCCUUAAGAGUGACUCACAAACAAUCCAAAGUAUGGCUGCUGUCAUCAAUCUACAUUAAAAACCAUAUAUUAGAAUAUUGUUAUGAGAUUGACCUUUAAAAAGGUAUCUCCUGAAUUGCACUGAAAAGUGUGUUUGAAUUAUUGUAAACUUGGAGAUGUAGUAACCUCUCCCACAAACUGAAACGACCCAUUUACACCAUAGAUAAGGUUUUGACAACUCUGCGCUCCCUGGCCUCUUCAAAAUUCAAACUGUGUAGCGUGGAUGAAUUGGGAAUUUCUGCCAUCCAUCAGCAGAAUAAUCUAGCAAACUAUAAAUGCCCUCUCCACAUACUUUUUCUUGCCACUGUAUAGUGCAGGACACAUUAUAACAAAUCAUAAUUGUCAAUUAUUCCCAUUGACAUUUUAAUUGCAAUUCAUUUUGAUUAGUAGAACUGACAUUAAAAUACUUUGUGUAUGGCAGUUGCAUGCCAUGUUUUGAAGACAGUGUUCCUGAAUUACCUCAUAGCUAUUUUAUACAAGUAAAUCAAGACAUUGACCUGCUUAGCUGCAUGAAAAUAGUAUUGAAAUUUAGAAUAGAUUGCACAUAGAAGUGAGCAAUGGGCAUGUCUGAUUGUUUACAAUGCUUGAUCGCUGCUGCAAAAACGGAGAUGUUGUGCAAGAGGAGUACACCUACAUGAAAGGCAUUGACACUUCACAAUUAUUUACUUGUGGCAACUGUAAUUGUAGCAUUUAUUCAAUGAAUUGUAAAGCCUUAAUAUGCAGCUCCUUUAAGUCCUGUUGUGACAAAUGUCCAAAUAUUCAAUGUAGUCUUGUAAAAAGGGUUUAUUUAUACUGCAUGCAUAAUUAUUAGGGCUGGCGAUAGAUAACGUUUUUUUUUUUUUUUAUUAAAUUAUGAUAUGACAAAUUAAUUAAUUGUAUAUAUAUAUACACACAUUUGCUGAGACAGGCCCUCAAGUAACAAUAAUUCAAUAUGUAAUUAUUAAAAAUGUAAAAGAAAAUGUUUUGCCAUAUUAAAGCUUGCUGUGCUUAACAUUGAAUAAUAGUCAUCUCAGUAAAUGCCUCUGAAAGAACUUCUCUACAAUGCUUUUACGUUUAGUCUGUUUAUGCACCGUUGCUGUUUUAGCCAUCGAAGGGCUGCAUCAACAAUACAUUUCACGAUGAUCACUGUCAGACGUUAAAUCAUCGACUGUGAGUAAUGUUCCUGUAUUUGUGAGGUGCUGUGGAGAGAUUACAGUCUUUGGCUGAUUCUGAUACUGCUUAAAUAAAUAGUCACAGUAAAAAAGGUUUAAACUGGUUGAUGUCAUGAACUAAAUGUACACCCGCAUCAUUAUCUUGCAGUUCAACGCUUUUAAAUAUGCAGCGAGGAUCGCCCUGAGACUUCCAAAUCCCAAGCUCUCUGUUUACAUUGAAGAGUGUCAUGUGGAUGCACAUAAGUGGUUUUGAGAUGCUCCAUAUUAACCCUUUCUUGUUAAACAAUUACUAUUUUUUUUGUUAGUAUUAUUAGGGGCCAGCUCCAAAGGUGUACCCUAUUGCUUUUGUAGCUUUUCUUAUUAUUAUUCUGCCACUGGAGUCUGUGGUAGCCCUUUAUAACUGCACAUAGGUAAUGCUGAAAUUUGUCCCACUGUGGUGGACCUGAAUAGCCCCUAUACCAAAAGUUCCCUUUUCUUUGGUGCGUGUAUUUUGAAAUGUUUGUCCUAGAAACAAAAUUGUACUGCGCCCAUUACGGUGUCUGCCAUCUUGGAUUGUCAUUUGCAAUUUAAACAUUUCACAUCAUUCAAACUUUGUCUGAUUUGCCCAAACAAUGGCUCAAAAUGACCUGUAGACUGAGCUGCACAGAACUGACCAAACAUAAUUUUGAUUUGUGCUACUGUUGAAAGUUAAAACAAGGUCGAUGUGAAAAAGAAUUUGAGGCUGUAUCACUGCAACACUUUGUCCUAUCAAAAUUAAACUUGAUAUGGUUCGUGAGGACCAUGGUCUGAGGGCACAUUUAAAGCUUUGUGACAGCGCCACCUAUAGAUCAAGAAUAAUUAAUAAUUGGCUAUUUUUGCUCUUAACAUUUUAACGGUUUGUCCUUAAAUGAGGUUGGUGUUUUUGGCUUCCUUUUGAGGAUACCAUAUUUUCCAAUAUCACACGUAUUACUUUUCUGCCAUUUUGAAUUGUGAUAUAAAGUGAUAUAUAUUUCAAACCACUUGUUUAAUUUAAAUUAAACAUUUUAUUAGAAUGUGUAUGCAUCAUCCACAUCAUGUCCUGAGGGUACCAGCGCUUUUGUGUGCUCACUCUGAAGUUGUCAUGUCUCUUUGGCAUUGUUGAGAUGUGUCAAAAGAAUGCCCCAGUUGUUAAAGCAUGCAAAUAUGACUCAAAAGGCGAGUUUGAAUCCAGCAAAUAAAGGCUUUAAAAAUUUUACUUCUGUUAAGCUGUGAGUCGUGAUGUUGUGCAGAAGGUUUCGAGUUCAAGUUCCACGUAGGCAAGUGCCUCUGAUGAACUGGAGCUCUCAACGUUGUUCUUAGUGAAUAUAGGCACUUUUCCACUGCACGUUACGGUUCGACUCGAUUCUACUCACUUUACUUUUCUAAGC